AUGGCUUCCUACUACUGUGUGCUCAACAUCGCUGCGCAUGCCACCGCUGAGGAGAUCAAGGUCGCCUUCAAGCGGUGCGCCUUGCAGGUCCAUCCAGACAAAGGUGGGAGCAAGGAGGCGUUUCACGCGGUGUACCAGGCAUUUGAGACCUUGGCAGACCCAGAAGCCCGCAAGCGGUACGACGAUCAACUGCCAACUCUCAAGAAGGUGACAAAGCAAACAUAUAGCUGUAAAAGAACGGGGGCAAAGUCAAAGAAGAAGCGCCCAGAGCAAAAGCACUCAGCUGCAGAGUCAGACCGCUCAAGACAUUCAGGUGCCGAAUCUGCAGAUGCAUCCUCACAUGAGAAGCUAUUGACAAAGCUCUAUGAACUCUUGAAAAGAUUGCCCCGCAAGCUCCGAAACGAUGUCAUCGCACGGGAGUUCUCGCAAAAGCAACGCUUGCUUCUUGAAAAGUGGAUUGUGCUUCAGCGUGAGGCUGAAACAGAUGAUGUGACGCCGAUGCCUGGUGGGCCUGGUGGGCCUUGUGGGCCUUGUGCCCAGGAAGUCAAGCCGCUUAAGCCUGUCACUGUCUCCGACUCACAUGGAUCCAUGCUCGCGCUGACACACCAGCCUUUUGCGUUGGGCGGCAGUGCUUUGAGCUUGCCAGCUGUGUCCCACGGAAAACGACGGAGGAAGAAGUACGUGGCAAUCAAAGGUAUUGCUAGGUGUGGUAGUCGAAAGACGAUUUCGGAGGACAGUCGCAUCUACAGAGCCAACACUGUCAUCGCGACAAUUUCAAUUUGGUCCCGGUAUUGCGACUUGGCAACGGCGAUUGAAUUCUUGGUGAUUCUCACAUCUAUUAAGCAAAAGAUGCAUGGUACCUUGAGGGAUGCCGAAACAAACUUUGAGAGUUGCCUGCAAGAAGCUUUGGAGAGAUCUCUCAUUGAGCAUGGCAGGAGCUAUGAAGACUUGAGUCCCCGAUUUGCCGUGCACCAAAGCUUCGGAUUUUUUCUUGGACCAUGCAGACAUGUGUCCUCCCCUGCAGUUCGCUCUGUCAGAGAAGUGGCACAUCUCCGCAGAUGUAUGGAUCCCUUUCGAGAAUGCGCCCGGCGUCGGAGUUGGGGACGAGCAACCAUGAUUUGGCAUUUUGGAUUGGGGGACCUAGAAGACUUGUGGGAUCGUUUUCAGAAAGCUGUGGCCGAGAUGUGGCGCAGUGCUGGCGAAGGUCGAAGUGCCAAGCAGCUGAGGAGAGUUCGUUCCUUGUAUGUCUCGCAUGCAGGCGUGCGUAACAAGCACGUGCAGUACUGGGAGCGCCAGCAUAUGGGCAUGAAUGACAGAAACAAGCACAGGCCAUCUAGAUUGCGCGAUCGUUGCGAUCGCAGUGCGGAUGCGACACGAAAGCUUACUGACAAGGUGCUACAAAAAGUCAGGAAGCUGCUGCUUCGAUGGCAGAAUGCUUUGCGGAAGAAGGACGAGAUGGCUUUGCAGAAGCAGCGGCAGAGAUUCUUGCAGGAACGCAGGAAACAGGAGCUUGCACAGCGGAAACGUGCCAGGGAGGAGCAGAAGGCUGAACGCUUGCGGAGAGAAGCUUUGCGCAGGAAGAUGAUGUCUGACCUCACCAUGGACGAGAUUCUUGGUCACUCAGAGUGUCACUCAGCUAUUCUGGAGCGGCACAUGUGA